UACUUGGCUACCAGAUUGCUAACAAUCAGGGAAACAUUCUCAUUACCACGCUAUAGGCUAGCAAUUUGGCACGUUUACGGCAUCCAUCCAUCUUGGAAGUGGUAGAGCCGGUUUCGGAAUCAAGGUCUUCGAUCGCCUUUGUUACGGAACCGUUGUUGGGCACCUUAUCUCAUUUGCUGAAAAUGGACAGUAAUUAUUCGUCGCCAGGAAGCGAUACGGCAUAUGAAAUUGAUGAACUAGAGAUUCAAAAAGGAUUGUCUCAAGUAGGCAAAGGAAUGCAGUUUCUGAACGAUGCCAAAGUGGUACAUCACAAUUUGACUCCCGAUUCUAUAUUUGUUAAUGCAAAGGGCGACUGGAAAAUUGGAGGGUUGGGCUUUGGCGUUUUUCUCAACAAUCCGAGCGAGCAUGAUACCAGCAGCAUCUAUGACUUCAACGAUUAUCUGCCUGAACAGUGUCAAAUCAACCUGGAUUAUGCUGCUCCGGAAUUCAUUCUCGAUAACGAAGUAACGCUAGCCAAUGACAUGUUCUCGUUGGGCUGUUUAGCAUAUUCCAUCCACAACAAGGGUGUGCCUUUAUUGCAUACGUUCAAUAAUCUGCGCACCUAUGAACGAAAAGUUCAAUCUUUAAAUUCGACAGACUACAGAAACAUGCCCCCUCAUUUCCAAGAUGUGAUCCGCAGUUUGCUGGCACGAUACCCUUCGCAACGUAUUACAGCGGAAGAGUUCCAAAAGUCAAAAUACUUUGACAACAUUCUCGUUUCUACGAUGAAGUUUUUGGAGAGUUUCCCGGAAAAGACGCGCGAAGAAAAGAGUCAGUUUAUGAAAGGGUUGGCGCGUGUAUUGAAUCAAUUUCCGGAACGUGUACUGAAGCGAAAGAUCCUUCCACAACUCUUGGAAGAACUGAAGAAUCAUCAGCUGUUACCUUAUACCAUACCCAAUGUUUUUGCAAUCGUCGAGCAACUGAAUCAACGCGAAUUCUGCGAGCUCGUGUUACCGUCCUUAAAACCCGUAUUCAACGUCCGUGACCCGCCACAAAACAUGAUCGUUCUGUUGGAAAAGCUGGAUAUUCUGCAGCAGAAAACGCCACGGGAAACGUUCAGGGACGAUGUGAUGCCACUCGUUUAUGCAGCACUUGAGGCCCCGACGCCUUUGGUGCAAGAAAAGGCAAUGCGUAUUGUUCCGGCGUUGGCUGAGUCGCUGGAUUAUACGACAGUAAAGAAUGCCGUGUUUCCAAGAGUACAAGCAUUGUUUGUCCAAACAACUGUCUUGUCCGUCAAAGUGAGCACCCUGAUUUGUUUCCAUUCCAUGAUCAAAGUAAUUGACAAGUAUACUAUGCAAGAAAAGCUUGUGCCGUUGUUGAAAAAUAUCAAGACAAAAGAGCCUGCAGUAAUGUUAUCCACAUUGGCCGUCUAUGAUGAACUUGGCAAGCACUUGGAUAAGGAAAUUAUUGCAACUGAAAUCUUACCCCAAUUGUGGCGAAUGAGCUUUGGACCAUUAUUAAACUUGGAACAGUUCCGCAAAUUCAUGAAAACAAUUCGAGAGCUGACGAACCGUGUUGAGGAGGCGCACACCCGGCAUUUACAGGAAGUUAAAUCUCUUGAAGAUCAGACCAAGAGCGUGAGUGCUAAAUCUUCACCAAUGAAUGGCAACGCAACAUUGGGUGGAGGAGACGAAGAUGUGUCGUUCGAAGCAUUGGUUCAGGGUCGUGCAGCAGCAGCAGCUGCUGAAACACCAACAGCAACCACUGAUAUGUUCUCAGCCAUGGAUUUACCUUCUACAAUGGGUAUUUCACCUAUCACAGCAUCAGCAACAACGACAGCAGCAACGACAACCAAUAAUCUCAUGAGUGGAUUGGCGCCAAGCAGUGGCUGGCCCUCAAGUAGUACCUCUGGCCGACAAAGCCCUAUGAUGGCGCCGCUAUCACCUUCAUCUGGAUCAUCAAGUCCAGUUCGACGACCUGCCGCUGGUCCAAUGAAUCUCAACUCGUCUUCUUAUUCAUCGACUUCUCAUGCCCCAUCAACAACAUCAAAUACCAUAGAUUGGUCAUCAUCCAUGAAUAGAAGUAAGCCGCUUCACAGCUUUGGCAAUAACAACAGCAUCAACAAUAACAGCACCACUACUAUCCCGACACUUGCCGGUCCAUCCACAUAUCAGCAACCAUCAUCAUCACCCUUUUCAUCCAUACCUAGCUUGCCUCCUCCACAACAACAUCAACAAUCGCAACAACUAUCAAUGGCCACGCUAUCACUAUCUUCAUCAUCUGCAUCUGCAGCAAGCGGUUCUAACUAUGCUGCAUUACACGGAUUAUCCUCGACAAGCAUAAUGCCAACCACACCCACAAACACAUCUCGAUCUUCAAGCAUGGAACUACUACAACCGUUAUCGAGCAAUCGCUCAUCAGCACAAUCUCGCACAUCUAUGCAAGGCCAAACUGGACACAAGCUCAACAACUUGACGGCAUUUGAUCCACUUGGUUAA